AUGUCGAGAAGUGUGUCGCCGAGUGGUAGUGGUAGUGAGAGUGAAGGGUAUGUUGAGGAGAGUAGGAGGAUGAGAGAGAUGGCUGCGAGAUUGGAGACGUUGGAGAGGAAGUUGGAGAAGUCUAGUCGUAAGAGGAAAAGAGAGGAUAGGAGUGACAGUGAGAGUGAGAGUGAGUCAGAGAGGAGCAGGAGAAGUGGCAGGAGUAGAAGUAGCAAGAGGAGAAACAGCAAGAAGAGCAAGAGGAGCAAGGAAAGUAAGCAGGUGAAGAGGGAGAGACAGGACGAGAGGAUGGCGGCGGCAAGAAAGAGAAGUUGGAAGGCCAAGGCUCACGAGGAGCAGUUCUGCGUGAUAAGUAAGGCGUUGGAGCCUCUAGUCAAGGCAAGGCAGAAGGCGGAGCGUCGAGGCGAGAAGGACAUCGCCAGAAACAUAGAGGAAGGUGAGAGCGUCCUCCAGCGGCGAGUCAAGUUAUUGCUGUUUGCGGACGCCGAAGGGUGGUCGGCCGCAAACAUUUAUGAUGGUAAAAUGGAGUGCGGGUCCGAUACGGACGAUGAGCGGAGGAUGAGGAGGGCCAGGGCGGAGGCCAAGGAGGGGAAGAGGAGCAGUGGCAAGCCCUUUCCAGGAGGCCGCCCAGCCGGGGUCGGGCUCGGAGCGGCUGCUCGAGCUCAGACCAUGCCGGCCGCACCGAAGCCACCCGGAUUCGGCGCCCCGUUCAAGGAGCUGGCCUGUUGGCGGUGCGGAGGGAAGGGGCACGUGCAGAGGGACUGCACGCAGCCUGCCCCAGGCCCAGCACCUGCCAGGUCAUUCCCGAUGCAACAGCAACAGCAGCCACGAUGA